UGGCGCCGUGCCCUCUUCCAGCGCGUCAGGUGUGUGAGGUAACAGUAGCCUGCAGGUGUGUGAGUAGCAGACCGUCUCAUCAGCGCUCAGUGAGUUCCUGGAAAGCGUGCACGCAAACGGAUAGCUGAGAAACAAGCCAAAGAUGGCCUCCUUUGCACCAUUCAGUCGCAGGCAGUGGGCGUCCCAGUCGCUGAGGGUCACCGCCAAGGAGCUGUCCAUCGUUUCUGCCCGGGGCAAAAACACCGCCAUCGCAGAACGCUUCGCCAGAUACCAGAAAGCUGCAGAGGGAGGGAGCAGAGAGAAGAAAACG